AUGGUAGUGGCGAAUAAACAGAAUGUUGGAUUGAUCAGCAAUCCCUUCGAUGUAUUAUCAAAUGAUAAUGAUUUUGAUGAAAGUGAUGAUGAUUCGAUCAUUGAAAAUGACAAGCACAAUUCCGAUAGUGGUAUUGAAAACUUAGUAGCUGAAGAACUGCAACGAAAAGAAGAACAGGAUAUUAUGGAAGAAAUGGUGCAUUCUAAGGAUGAAGAUGGAGACGAAGAGCAAGAAGAAGAAGAAGAAGAAGAAGAAGAAGAGUCUACUGAUUCAGAUGAAUAUGAUGAGGAUUUGUUGUUGGAGGCACAAUUGUUAGAUGCCCAACGCCAAUGGGAAGAAUCUUUACAACAAUUAAAUAAGGUUCUUAAUUGGUUGUUUCUGCCAUUGUUGGGUAAAUUCUUGGGUAGAAGAACAUCAAGGGUUAUAUGGAAACGCGUAAUGAAUUAUUUAUGGUAA